AUGACUGAGCAUAAUCGUUAUGAACAUCCUUUGGUCUCUCGCUAUGCGACCAAAGAAAUGAGUGAAAUUUGGUCUCCAGAUCGAAAAUUCUCAACAUGGCGUGAAUUGUGGCUCGCUUUGGCUACGUCUGAGAAAGAACUGGGAUUGAACAUUACACAGGAACAGCUCGAUGCUAUGAAGGCUCAUUUGACGGACAUUGAUUAUGAAUACGCAGCAGAGAUGGAGAAGAAAUUCCGUCACGAUGUUAUGGCUCAUGUUCAUGCAUUUGGAAAAGAAGUUCCUGUAGCAAUGCCAAUUAUUCAUCUUGGUGCGACCAGUUGCUACGUUGGUGACAAUGCCGACAUUAUCCAGAUUAAACAAGGAUUGCAACUCAUUCAGCGUAAAAUGGUCAAAGCUAUGAAAGUAUUGGCGGACUUUGCCAUGCAAUACAAGGACAUGCCUACGAUGGGCUUUACACACUUUCAGCCGGCGCAGCUUGUUACGGUUGGCAAACGCGCGUCGCUCUGGUUGCAAGACUUUUGGCUGGACUUUCAGCACCUCAGUGACCAGAUUGACAGUCUACCUAUGCGUGGUGUGAAGGGAACAACUGGUACUCAGGCCAGCUUCCUCGACCUGUUUGAGGGUGACCACGAAAAGGUAAAGAAAUUGAACGAGCUAGUAGCCGCGAAGAUGGGCUUUAACAAGGUUAUUCCCGUCUCGGGUCAGACGUACACGCGCAAGAUCGACUACUUUGUACUGUCAAUCCUGUCAGGUAUUGCCCAGUCGGCUUAUAAAAUGGCUGGUGACAUUCGUUUGCUGGCAAACAUGAAGGAGAUCGAGGAGCCGUUUGAGAAGAACCAGAUCGGAUCUUCGGCAAUGGCAUACAAGCGCAACCCGAUGCGCUCGGAGCGUAUCUGUAGUCUGGCGCGUUACGUCAUUUCGCUGACGGACAACGGCGCACAGACCCACGCUGCUCAAUGGUUCGAGCGCACGCUUGAUGACUCGGCGAACCGUCGUAUGGUUUUACCGGAAGCGUUCCUCGCCACGGACGUCAUUCUGAACCUAAUCACGAACGUGUCGGACGGCCUGCAGGUGUGGCCGAACGUGAUCAAGGCGCACAUUAAGGCCGAGCUACCGUUCAUGGCUACGGAAAACAUCCUGAUGGCCUGCGUGAAGGCCGGCGGUGACCGGCAGGAGCUGCAUGAGGCCAUUCGCAUACACUCGAUGGAGGCUGGUAAACGUGUGAAAGUGGAGGGCGCUGCCAAUGACCUGCUGGAGCGUAUCGCCGCUGACCCAUUGUUUAAAGCUGUGCACGACCACAUGGACGAGCUAUUGGACCCGUCGCUUUUCAUUGGCCGGUGCCCACAGCAAGUGGAGGAAUUUAUUGACGAAGACGUUGGCCCUAUCCUCAAGGAAUACGCCUCACUACUCGAAGUGGAGAACGUCGAUGACAUUAACGUCUAA